AUCUGUGGUUAAGGCUCAAUUAAUCAUAGUAGAGCAGGUAGAGCUCUGUUUAGGCAGUAGAUACAUCUGGAGGCGGUAGGUACCGUUAUGGGUAAUUUAGACCGAGUAAAGCAACCGAGAAAUAGCAAUAUCACAUACUCUAGAUAUGGUUGUAAAUUAGGGUUGCCACCUUUUCUGGAAAGAAAUACCAGCCUUCCUAUAUAUUUAUCUUUUUUUCCUAUUAAUAACAUUGGGAUCAACCAUAAUUUUUACUGGCAACCCUACCACCUUGGCUGAACCCGGACACUGGGGGCGGGGCAGAUAGCAUUUUGCAUACCCUACCCAACCGUCCCGUUUUCCGCGGGACAGUCCCGUUUUUGUCUGUCUGUCCCGCUGUCCCGGAUUAGUGGACUCAAAGUCCCGCAUCCCUGUAUCUCCAUCCCUCAGCACUAGGGUAUAAGGAAGUGACAUCACGAUUCACCUGCCGCACGGUGGGUAGAGCCGGGUAAGAGACGGAGAGAGAGAGAUCGCUGGCGAGUGCGAGUAGGGGAAGUGUUGACGGCUUCUGAACCCGCACCUGCCACUUGAUAACGAGUAGGGGGAACCGAUACAGAGCAAGAGACGUCGGGCGAGGCGAUAGCGCAAGGAGGUGUGGGCGUGUCUUUAGGACUAGAUACACCCGGAGCUUAGCACUUACUGGCAUCGUGCUGCUGUUCCGCUAUGGAUUCCCUCGCUGUCCUGUGACUCCUCUUACUCGGCUCCGUUUCAGUCUGUGGCUCCAUUGAAAAUGUCUUCUCUCCGCAACCCUAACAACUGUCCCGAAAUGUAUGAGUGAAAGGGUUAAGCAAGUCAUGGCAAGAUGAGCUUGUGAGUUAAGCAGUCACAGGCCGUUAGCCACAUCAGUGCAGGCAGUAACACAUCUGCACCCAGGCACUGGGGCUGCUUCCUGGUCUCACCAUUUCUCAUAGAGCACAGAGGGAAGAACAGACUUCAAACAGGGUCCUACAGAGAUACCAGAAAGGAAUCAUCAGCCACUGCUGCUUAUUUGUGGCUAGACAUACCAGGGAGUGUUACAUUAGCAUUAAAGAGACCUACACAGUUGCUGUGAUGACCCUCCGGAUAGUAACGCCUGGGAGUAACACAUCACUGAUCCAGCCUGGGUUCUCUUUGCUUCAUUUUAGCAGCCAUGUCUUUUACUUAGGGCAGAAAGGCUGGCCUAAACGUUCCUGCCCUACUGGGGUUUUCCUGUUGGAUCUCAAAAACAAUGAUUUAAAGCUCCGGCCUGCCACAUUUACCAAUGACUCCUGCUAUCUCCCUCCACUUAGGCAUCCAGCUGUGUGCAGCUUCUCAGCCAGUCAAGGUGGGGAGAUCACACAAUACCUCAUACAUGGAGGAAAGACCCCAAAUAAUGAGAUCUCUCAUAAACUAUACAUUAUGACCAUGGCAUUUCCAGUCAAUAAGAGAUUUUCACUCUGUUGCUCAGAAAAGGAUCUAGCAGGAGACGUCCCUGAAGCUAGGUAUGGUCAUUCUAUGAAUGUAGUUUUUAGCAGGGGCAAGAAUGCGGUUGUGAUGUUCGGUGGAAGGUCCUAUAUGCCGUUAAAUCAAAGAACCACUGAAAACUGGAACAACGUCAUUGAUUGUGAACCAUUGGUUUACCUUAUUGAUCUCCAAUUUGGGUGUUCUACCAGCUUUAACCUUCGAGAGCUUCAGGAUGGACUUUCCUUCCAUGUUUCUUUAGCAAGAAAUGAUACAGUCUACAUUUUUGGGGGUCAUUCGUUGGGGAACAAUUUUAGGCCUCCCAAUGUCUACAAGAUAAAAGUGGAUCUGCCGCUUGGAAGCCCGGCUGUAUCUUGCACAGUCAUAAACAGCAAGAUAUCUUUCUCUAGCUCCAUAGUAACUCAGACCAGCCCCGAUGAGUUUGUCAUUGUGGGGGGAUACGAGUCUGAUAGCCAGAAAAGACUUAUAUGCAAUGGAGUUUUUCUGGAUGAUGAAACCAUUGACAUUCAAGAAAUAGAGACCCCAGACUGGACCGGGGAAAUUAAACACAGCAAGACCUGGUUUGGUGCUGAUAUGGGAAAAGGGGCAGUUUUAUUUGGCAUCCCAGUAGACAAUAAGCAUCAAAGCACGGACUGCAGUUUUUUCUUUUACGUACUAAAUUUUGGAGAUAAUGAUCCAGCGCUGCAGACGUGUAGCCAGGGAUCGACGGAGGAACAAGAAGAUUCCAUGCCUCUCGAAGACUCUGAAGAAUUUACAUUCAACAGAGACGGGAACAUUUUUGACGAGGAUACUUACAAUGAAGACGAUGAAGACGAUGAAUCAGUAACUGGAUACUGGAUCAAGUGUUGCCCUGACUGUGAUAUGGAUAGAAACACCUGGGAGCCUUUCUAUUCCACGGAGCUCAACAAGCCAUCCAUGAUCUUCUGCUCCAAAGAUGGCGGCCACUGGGUGCAUUCGCAGUGCAUGGAUCUAUCAGAGACCAUGCUCAAAUACCUGUCUCAAAACAACAUCAAGUACUUCUGCAAUGAACAUGUUGAGGUAGCGAGGGGGGUGCAAACACCAGAGAAGACCCCGCCUGUAAAAAAGACUUCAUUGAAAUCCGUUCGCAAAAGAACAACAAUCAAUAGACUUUCAGCAGUCAAGAAAUCUUUCCUCAGGCGCCUGUUUGAGUAAGUUGGGUUUGGCCCAUUGCUGAGAGCAGUGUUGUCCGGCUCAGUAACGUAACUAACCCAGACUGGGCCCGGGCGUAGGAUGUGCAACCAAGCCCCCCACCCAUUCCAGACACAAAUUCUUUUACCGGCGGAGAGUGUGUACGAAGGAAGCUGCAUAGUUCUUACUUCUCUGGUGGGCCUAAACGGGUGCAGGUAGUUACGCCACUGGUCCAGCUUUUUCUACAUAGUGGGUGAAAUAUCCAAUAUACCCUAUAUACGAUAUGAUUAUACUUAUAUUAUACUUAAAUGCCAAGGUCAAGUGGAGACAAAUCUGAGGACCAUAAAUAUUCCUUGAAGGACCAUAUCCUGCCCCCUGAGGCCCUAUAUCAUAUACAAUUUGAAUAAAUACUGGUAAAACAAGUCAACCCCUAAACAUUUUGGGAGCCUGAGAAAUAAUUUGCUGUGGGGCCCAGUAAUAUCUAGUUACGCCACUGUGUAGACUCCCUAUUUUGCCGUUAGUCUACUUUAUAGUUAAAUAUAGGAUUAUAGGAUGUAUGACAGAUUAAAUUUUCCUCUGUGGAUGUAUUUAUGGACUGGGCUUAGCAUUUUGCUUUGCAUUGCAUUCAAUACGUAGCAGAUGUAUGAGAAGUAGUUGGCAAGAAGCUUGACCAAAUGUAGAUGUAACAAGCCCAAAAUGUGUGUCAGAUGUAUUUGUUAUUUUUGCUUUUUGAACUCUGAAUAAAAUGGUUUUACAAAAA